GGAGACUUUUUUCCUUCUGCCAACCCCUUAAAACCUUCAAAAGCCAAAAAUUUCUGUUAAACGAGCAGCCUGUUUCUUCAUCUGGGCUCUCUUUUCUCAGCUUCUUCUGUCUUUUUCAUAGAACCAGUUUCUGCUUAUUCUUCUUGUUUCAUGGAUUUUUGAUCAUGGUUUUUGUUGGAAAUUUAAGGAAAAUGAAGCUACCCAGUUCCUGUAGUACUCUACUACCUGACCUACCAAGGAGGAGACUUUACUUUUGCAAGUUGUUGUCUGCAGCUGCUUUCGUCUGUAUACUCUUUUUCAUUGGGAGUUCUUUUGUAAAUUUUGGUUAUAAAGAGAAAGUAUCAAAAUGGGAACCAACAAUGGGGAUACUACAGAAUAUAAUACACAGUUCAUGCGAGAUUCAAGGGAAGCCUUCAGGGAGUGAACCGUUGCCUAAAGGAAUAAUUAGGAGAACAUCAAACUUGGAGAUGCAGCCGCUAUGGGGCUCUCUGCCUUCACCAAAACAAAAGGGUCAUAAAAGUCCGUCUAAGAGCUUAUUGGCCAUUGCAGUUGGAGUAAAGCAAAAGGAAGUCGUUAAUCAAAUAGUGAAGAAGUUCUCUUCCAGUGAUUUCAUCGUGAUGCUAUUCCACUAUGAUGGUAUUGUGAAUAAAUGGAGAGACUUAUCAUGGAGUGAUAAAGCCUUGCAUAUCUCUGCAAUGAACCAAACAAAAUGGUGGUUUGCAAAGCGUUUUCUACACCCAGAUAUAGUUGCAGAGUAUGAUUAUAUUUUCCUUUGGGAUGAGGAUCUAAACGUGGAACAUUUCAAUCCAAGCCGUUAUUUAUCAAUUGUUCGAAGAGAAGGUCUAGAUAUAUCCCAACCUGGAUUGGACACUUCCAAAUCAAAUGUUCAUCAUCGAAUUACUGCACGGGCAAGAAAAGGAGAUGUACACAGGAGAAUUUACAAGUUAAGUGGUGGUGGGAGGUGCUAUGAGAAUAGUACCGGUCCUCCUUGCACUGGAUGGGUGGAAAUGAUGGCUCCUGUGUUUUCCAGAGCUGCAUGGCGUUGUGCAUGGCAUUUGAUCCAGAAUGACUUGAUCCAUGCAUGGGGCUUAGACAUGAAGCUUGGUUACUGUGUUCAGGGCGAUAGGAGUAAAAAGGUUGGUGUAGUGGACAGUGAAUAUAUAGGACAUUUGGGACUUCCAACUCUCGGUGGUCUAAAUGAAAGCAAGAAGAGCACAGAAACAUCCAGUGUCUAUUCUCAAUCUAAGGCAUCUAGAGCACGUAAGAUUUCUUCUGGUUCACCCCCGGACAAAGAUAGACUUGCUGUGAGGAAACGGUCUUAUGUUGAACUGGAGAUCUUCAAAGAAAGAUGGCAGAGAGCGGUGGCGGAUGACAAGUGCUGGAUAGAUCCUUACCCAGUACCCGAAAAGGAAGCGGAUAGAUAGUACAUAAUUCUUCUUGCAGCAGUUCUUCGACAGCCUUGUAUGCAGCAUCCUCUAUAAAACAGUACUUCACGAGGAACACAAGUUACGAGAAAGAAUACAGGGAUUGAGCACUAAAAGGCUUUUUUUUUUUAAUUUUAUUACGAUUGAGCACUAGAAGGCUUUUUUUUUUAAUUUAUUAAAUUGGGAUAAAGUUUAUAGUUCUACACGAAGCUGAAUUUGUUUGAAGGUUGUACAUGCUCUACAUUCAUGUGUAUAUAUAGUGGCCGUAGUUAUGUUAA